UUUGCAAGAUCUUGUCCUUGUUUCUCAAGUACUGGUAUAACAGCAUCACUGCUCGCCCGGAGAAUUCCUGAUGGUAUGUUGUAAGCUUCCAGACUUCAAGGUGACAAACAGCAUGUUUGGUGCUUCAAGAAAGAAGUUUGUAGAGGGGGUCGAUGGUGAUUACCACGAUGAAAACAUGUACUACAGCCAGUCUUCGAUGUUCCCACAUCGGUCAGAAAAAGAUAUGCUGGCAUCGCCAUCAACAUCAGGUCAGCUGUCUCAAUUUGGGGCAAGUUUAUACGGGCAACAAAGUGCACUAGGCCUUCCAAUGAGGGGAAUGAGCAACAAUACCCCUCAGUUAAAUCGCAGCUUAUCACAAGGCACUCAGUUACCGAGCCACGUAACGCCAACAACAGGGGUACCAACAAUGUCACUUCAUACGCCUCCAUCUCCGAGCAGGGGUAUAUUGCCUAUGAAUCCUAGGAAUAUGAUGAACCACUCCCAGGUUGGUCAGGGCAUUGGAAUUCCCAGCAGAACAAACAGCAUGAGCAGUUCAGGGUUAGGCAGCCCCAACAGAAGCUCUCCUAGCAUAAUAUGUAUGCCAAAGCAACAACCCUCUCGACAACCUUUUACUGUGAACAGUAUGUCUGGAUUUGGAAUGAACAGGAAUCAGGCAUUUGGAAUGAGUAACUCCUUAUCAAGUAACAUUUUUAAUGGAACAGAUGGAAGUGAAAAUGUGACAGGACUGGACCUUUCAGAUUUUCCAGCACUAGCCGACAGAAACAGAAGGGAAGGAAGUGGCAACCCAACUCCAUUAAUAAAUCCUUUAGCUGGAAGGGCUCCCUACGUGCACCAGAAGAGGAAGCAGCUGCUAGUGAGAAAGAUGGAAGCUGAUUGCCAAGAUCCCUUUGGAAUGGUAACAAAACCAGCAAGUGAGCAAUCCCAGGACUUCUCGAUACACAAUGAGGAUUUUCCAGCAUUACCAGGCUCCAGCUAUAAAGAUCCAACAUCUAGUAACGAUGACAGUAAAUCUAAUUUGAAUACAUCAGGCAAAACAUCAUCUAGUGCAGAUGGACCCAAAUUCCCUGGAGAUAAAAGUUCAACAACGCAAAACAACAACCAGCAGAAAAAAGGGAUCCAGGUGUUACCUGAUGGUCGGGUUACCAACAUUCCUCAAGGGAUGGUGACGGACCAGUUUGGAAUGAUUGGAUUGUUAACAUUCAUCAGGGCAGCAGAGACAGACCCAGGAAUGGUACAUCUUGCAUUAGGAAGUGAUUUAACAACAUUAGGUCUCAAUCUCAACUCUCCUGAAAAUCUCUACCCCAAAUUUGCAUCACCUUGGGCAUCUUCACCUUGUCGACCUCAAGACAUAGACUUCCAUGUUCCAUCUGAAUACUUAACGAACAUUCACAUUAGAGAUAAGCUGGCUGCAAUAAAACUUGGCCGCUAUGGAGAAGAUCUUCUGUUUUAUCUCUAUUACAUGAAUGGAGGAGAUGUAUUACAGCUAUUAGCAGCAGUAGAGCUCUUUAACCGAGAUUGGAGAUACCACAAAGAGGAGCGAGUAUGGAUCACCAGGGCACCAGGCAUGGAGCCAACAAUGAAAACCAAUACAUAUGAGAGGGGAACAUAUUACUUCUUUGAUUGUCUUAACUGGAGGAAAGUAGCUAAGGAGUUCCAUCUGGAAUAUGACAAACUAGAAGAAAGGCCUCAUCUGCCAUCAACUUUCAACUACAACCCUGCUCAGCAAGCCUUCUAAAGACUUCCCUUUUCUUGGGGUAUGGCUGUCUCAGCACAAUACUCAACAUAACUGCAGAACUGAUGUGGCUCAGGCAUCCUGGUUUUAAUUCCUUGAGGAUCUGGCAAUUGGCUCAUGCAAAGGGUCACCAUUUGAGGUCCUGCCUUACUAAUUAUGUGCUGCCCAACAACUAAAUUUGUCAUUUGUUUUUCUUUAGUUUGAGCAGGGUCUGAAUUUGUUUCUGUUUAUUUUUAUUUUUUGCCAGCAGACAAGCUUGGGUCUGUAAAGACAAGCGAGUACACUGACAAAAAUUUACCACUUAGUUUCCAAAAUGUAAAAAAGAAAAAAAAGAAAAAAGGAAAAGACAAAAAAUUAGACAACAAAAUUUGCAUUGUUCAUUGUAGCACUAUUGGUAAUAAAAAAUGUUUGUGCAUUUUUAUGUGAAGAUCCUUCUCGUAUUUCAUUUGGAAAGAUGAGCAAGGUCUGCUUCCUUCAUUUUACUUCCCCUUCUGUUUUCGAAAGGCAGUUUUCGCCAAGCUUAAUGCAAGAAUAUCUGACUGUUUAGAAGAAAGAUAUUGCCACAACCUCUGGUUAGUUGUCCGGAGUUGUGUAUUACUGAGCUUCAUCUUUCCAGAAUGAGCAAAACACUGUCCAGUCUUUGUUACGAUUUUGUAAUAAAUGUGUACAUUUUUUUUAAAUUUUUGGACAUCACAUGAAUAAAGGUAUGUAUGUACGAAUGUGUAUAUAUUAUAUAUAUGACAUCUAUUUUGGAAAAUGUUUGCCCUGCUGUACCUCAUUUUUAGGAGGUGUGCAUGGAUGCAAUAUAUGAAAACGGGACAUUCUGGAACUGCUGGUCAGGGGACUACUUUGUCGCCCUGUGCACUAAAGGGCCAGAUUUUCAGCAGCCAAGGACAUCCAUACCCAAGUGAAUGUGAUGGGACUUAAAGAAGUGAACUGAGACAAUUCACUCUGGCUGUUUGAACAGCAGCGUUUCAUAGGAAGAGAAAAAAAAGAUCAAUCUUGUAUUUUCUGACCACAUAAAGGCUUCUUCUCUUUGUAAUAAAGUAGAAAAGCUCUCCUCA